GCGAUGUGCUGGAAUGUCUAACUUGUUUGUUUCUCUCAAUCCCUCAGAUGUUUUCAUGACCCAGUUUUCCGCGCUACAAACCUCCCGUUCAGUGCGGACCCGGCGCUUAGCUGCAGCGGAGGAGAACAUCGAGGUCGCUCGCACUGCACGUUUGGCACAGAUCUUCAAAGACAUCUCAGAUACCAUCAUAUCCUACAAAGAUUCAUUGGAACACGUGUUGGCUGCACCAUUGCUCAGUCUUCCCUCCAGGAAAAAAAAAGCAGAUUACUAUGCGAAGAUCACAGACCCCAUUGACCUUGUCAGCAUUGAGAAGCAGAUCCUCACGGGUCACUACAAGACGGUGGAGGCCUUUGAUGCUGACAUGCUGAAAGUCUUCAGGAAUGCUGAGAAAUAUUACGGCAGGAAAUCUGCCACGGGCCGAGACGUGAGCCGGCUGAGGAAGGUUUACUACAACGCUCGUCACGAAGCUGCGGCUCAGAUUGAUGAGAUCAUCGGGGAGACAGCCAGCGAGGCGGACAGCAGCGACAUCUCCAUUGGGGAGAAGGAGAACAGUAACGAGAAGGACGACGACGUCAUCCGCUGCAUCUGUGGCCUGUACAAGGACGAGGGGCUGAUGAUCCAGUGUGAGAAGUGCAUGGUGUGGCAGCACUGCGACUGCAUGCUGGUCACAGCAGACGUCGAACACUACCUGUGUGAGCAGUGUGAUCCUCGCUCGGUGGAUAGGGAGGUUCCUAUGAUCCCACAGCCUCACUACGCCCAGCCUGGCUGUGUUUACUACAUCUGUCUGCUGCGGGAUGAUCUGCUGCUACGGCAUGGUGAUUGUGUGUAUCUGAUGAGGGACAACAGGAGAGGGCCUGAAGGCCAACCCGUCCGACAGUCCUACAGACUACUGUCCCACAUCAACCGCGACAAACUAGACAUCUUCCGCAUCGAGAAGCUCUGGAAGAAUGAAAAAGGAGAGCGCUUUGCCUUUGGUCACCAUUACUUCCGGCCACAUGAGACGCAUCACUCACCAUCGAGACGCUUCUACCACAACGAGCUGUUCCGGGUGCCGCUGUACGAGAUCAUCCCUCUGGAGGCCGUGGUGGGGACGUGCUGUGUGCUCGAUCUCUACACUUACUGCAAAGGGAGGCCGAAGGGUGUGAAAGACCAAGACGUUUCCAUCUGUGAUUACCGCCUGGACAAGUCAGCACACCUGUUCUACAAGAUCCACCGGAACCGCUACCCUGUCUGCACGAAGUCCUACGCGUUCGAUCACUUCCCUAAGAAGCUAACGCCCAAGAGAGACUUCUCUCCUCACUACGUCCCCGAAAAUUACAAGAGGAAUGGAGGAAGACUUUGCUGCACUCCCACCUACCAAACAGCCUUAACAAAGAUGUCAUCAUGGAAGACGGAACGCCCCAAACUACACUGUAAAGAGGUGGCCCCAGAGGAGGAGCUGCCACCACCCAUCAUCGAGGACAUGUCGAGUGCCCAGGAGCAGCCGGCCACUGAGAUGCCUCAUCUGGAGGAGCAGCAGAAGGAGACCGGCCCAAAGGGGAACCUCAGCUCAGAGGACAAGCAGCGAGCACAGAGAGACAACCUCAACAAGAUCCUGCUCAGUCUGCUGGCCAAGAUCCCGGGGAAGAAUGCUAUUGAUGUUACAUAUUUGUUAGAAGAAGGUUCUGGAAGGCGGCUGCGCCGACGUACACUAAUGUUAACUGAGAGCAGCUUCAGGAAGUGAGGCACAAACUGGAAGGAGCAUUUCCUGCAUUGGAAACCCUGCAGCCCGCACCGUGCUGAGCGAGGGGGAGAGCAGAAGGCACGGACACCAGCUCUCUCUCUCUAACAGGACAGGAGGGUGAAGAGAUCACAACGGUUAGCACUUGGUUUAUAGGUCACCCACUGCUGACCUGCAGAGCUCUUACAGUGUGUGUAUACAUGAGGGAGUGUGUGAGCGAAUGUACGUGAAUGUGUGAAUGUGCGUUUAGGUGUUGGGGAUGAGUUACACCCACCUGCCCUUGGCAGCCAGGACACGUUCUCUAGCGGAUAUCGAAAGCUCGAAGGCCGUUUCAAAGAGAUGAAAUUCUUUCUAUCGCUGUUCUUUUAAUUCAUAUGGAUUCAUCAAUGU